AUGCCGCAUAAUGAUUCACUCCUCAUUGAUAUUGGAAUUGGCGAAUGCAAGGUCACGAAAGUUCUCGUCGACACCGGCAGCUCAGUCGAUCUUAUCUUUCGAGAUACGCUUGACAAGAUGGGGAUCGACCUACGCGAUAUGAAGCCCUCUUCACGCACUCUCACGGGGUUCAACGGUUCCUCGGAACGGAUGAUCGGGACAAUACGUCUCCCGGUUUACGCAUGGGACGUAACCCAGACCGUUAAGUUCUCUGUUAUCCGGGCUAAGGCGCCUUACAACGCUAUCCUCGGCACCCCUUGGUUACACUUCAUGAAGGCCAUUCCCUCUACUUAUCACCAGUGUGUAAAGUUUCCCGGGAAAGACGGAACAACACAGACGAUCCGUGGAGACCAACGAGCUGCGAGGGAGCUGCUUAUCGCUGCAGUCAAAUUACAACAGUCGGUUCCUCUCGUCAACUCAGUCGCCAAACCAAUUCAUAAGAUCUAUCCCCAGAAGGAAGAAGUCCGGGAGGUCCACAUCGAUGAAGCCGAUCCGACGAAAGUCAUACGCGUUGGAGCCUUCCUCUCCGACGAGAUGCAAUCACAGGUCAUCUCCUUCCUCAGAGCAAACGCUUCGACUUUCGCAUGGAAAACUUCAGAUAUGAAGGGGAUAGACCCCAUCGUAGCGUCCCCCGAGUUGAACGUCGACCCUACGUUCAAACCUAUUCGGCAGAAAAGACAAAAGCUCGGACCUGACCGGUCUAAAGCUGUGAAUGAAGAAGUCGACAGACUUCUCGAGGCAGGCUUCAUUGCCGAGGUCCGGUAUCCAGAAUGGUUGGCCAAUCCGGUGGUAGUAAAGAAGAAAAACGGGAUGUGGCGCAUCUGUGUCGACUUCACUGAUCUAAACGAUCGUUUGGUAGAGUCGACAGCCGGUAACGAACUAUUAACCUUCAUGGAUGCCUUCUUAGGGUACAGUCAAAUCCUAAUGCAUCCGGACGACCGCGAGAAGACGGCCUUCAUAACGGACAGGGGGACUUAUUGCUAUAAAGUCAUGCCCUUCGGCUUGAAGAACGCAGGUGCGACCUACCAAUGA